UUUGUACGCAGCAGUUGCUUUUUCGAAUGAAGACUAUAUAAGUACAUAUCUAUGUAUAUAAAUAUUUCUAUAAAUUGUUGUAAUUAGUUAAACAGUAAAAAAAAGCACAAAGAACGCUUUUACCAGCGAAUUUAAGUUCAUUAAUGUUCUCUGCUUUGACCACAAAGAGUGUAAUGAACGCUAACGUUGGCAUUGAGAUCGCCAUGUCUACAAAUGUAUGUACUUACAUACACAUGUACACAUGUGUGUUUAUAAAGUCACAGCUGUUUGACGUUUCGAAAAGGAAGUCUUUUGCUUAUUAUUAUUAUUUACGCUCGUUUAACAAUUUAAUUUUUAGCUUCCAUGUAAAACAUAUUAAGAAUACAUCUUCGUAAUACCUAUCAGCCGACGUUGAAAAUUAUAAAUAAAACGUCAUUUUUCCUUGUAGAAAGGUAAUGUUUGGAAACAUUAAAUGCGUCUUAUGUUGUAAAUAUUGUAUAACGAUAAACAAACGCAUGCACAGUACACAUGCAAUAUACAUUUAUAUGUAUGCACAUACAUACAUAUGUAUUGUAUAUUAGUUUAGCUAACUAUAGCAGCAAAAGAAAUUUCGUUGUGGCAGACGUUAAUUGGCCCACGCUGCGUAUCUCAAGGUCAAUACUACGUACGACUUUCGAAUUAUUAACCAAAUUUAUUGUUUAUAAAUACGAAUUAAGUUCAACAACUUGCGAAAAAGACAAAAACGAAUAUCAACGGCAAUAAAUAUAAUAUAUAGUAAAGAAUGCUAAUAUACAGAUAAGAAUGUUUAUCAACAUGAAAGUUUGUACCCAAAUCGCUUUAAAAAAAAAAACAGAUAUUCGGUUGGUCAAUAACACUUGAAACGAAACGAAACUGUUUUGCCUUCAAAAUAUACUAAAAUUACAUAUACCUAUAAUAAUAAUAUAUAUACAUAUUGGACGGCUGCAAAAAACGCAAGUUAUAUUUACCAUGCUGUCUUCAAGCCUUAAAGUGUCUGGAUAUGCAUUAUCAGCUUUGGAGUCCAGUCAUGGAGUCAUGGUUCGUGGAUAUACAAUUAAUUCAAGUCCUAAUCGGUGCCUAUGCAACAAAUUUGUACUGGGCGGUAUACUACUUGAUGAUAGGGUUCCAUAAUUGAUUGACCUGUGGUAUGUAGAGUCAUAACUGCGCUCAUGCUGUUCGACCCUAUGCGUACUUUCAACUGUGUAUAAAGUGCUUCUUUAUGAAUCGCUAAUGAUUUACGUAGGUUAACUUUUAACAUUAUUAAAAGAUCAUAAUGAAGUUCCUGUAUGGAAAACUUUUUUAUUUGAUAAGAUACAUUCUCGAAAUUUGCCAUGGAUUAUGGUUCAAGGCAACGGUAACAUCUACGAAGAAAUUGUUUAGAUCGGACAACUAUAGCAUAUAGCUGUCAUACCAACUGACUAGACUUAAAUGGAAAUUUUUUAUUUGUGAAGUUAACCUUUUUUACUGUUUCUAUUCAAAUCAUGCGAUUACUUCAACUACUAAAUGCAAAUAAAAUAUAAAAAUGUAUGCAGAUUAUCGCAGCACUACUGGGUGAAGAGUUGUUUGACAUUUGACAUAUUUUAUGCAGGUUUUGCUACUGCUCUAACAAAAUUUCUGAAAUGUAUACAUAAAUAUUGUCAAAAAUUUGUAUUGUAUAAAUACUGCCAGGUAAAACAAUAAUAAAAUGUCGAAUUUCAAUAAAAUUUUCAAUAGUACCACCAUCACUGGACGAGCUAAUGUUGCCAAAGCGACUUACGCUUCCUUCGCUUUAUUCUACAUAAUACAUCGCUUACGCAAACGCUCAAAGACAGCAACUCAAUGCACCGACUGUGAGUGUAAGAAUUGUCACGAUGAAAAAGCAGCAACGGCAGAUCACUAUGAGAGCGAUGCCAGCGGUAGCACAUGCGAUGUUGAGACUUGGCGGCGCGCAAUUGACGCGAAUAAGCCGUCAACCACAAAUACCGGUGAUACUGUUGGUAAUGAAAACGGCAUUACGGUGAAUACAGUUGAAGUGGCCGAUGCAGGUAGUGCUGCUAAACGCGAAGUGCACAUUUUGGGGCCCGUCAAAGCGCAUAAGCAGACGGCAAAAAUGAAAUCGUGCGAUGCCGAUAAUUAAAUGACAUUUGUGCAAUAUUUUCAACAUAUUUUUUAUGCAGCUAAUAUUUUUUUGAGUUUCAGCUUGAUUUUUUGACAACAAUUAAAUUUUGGAAACUUAUUAAAAAAAAAAAUUUUGGAAACUUAUUAAAAAAAAAUUUUUUAAAACUUAUUAAAAAAUAUUAAAAACUUAAGGUUCACUACAUUUAAAUACAAAUUUAAGUUAAGAUAUUGUGUGUAAAAGUUUUCUACGCCAUUUUUCGUCUACACAAAAUAUACAUAUAUACAUUAUUUUUUAAUUUAAUAGCUUUUAUUAUUUCAUUUUUGUUCACUUUAAUAUUUCAUAAAAUUGCGUUGAACCGCUACACAGCAACUGCGCUUUUUCAAAUACAUUUUGCGCUUAUUUUUCAUCAUAAAACACUACAAAUAAGGUAUUUGUUUGGAAUAAGAUACACUUUCAAGGUUUUGCUACAUAGUAAAAGCUAAAAUAUGUUACGCAUAAAAUAUUUGCUAAAUUUGCAAUUAAAAUGUGGAAAAUUUUCAUUUUAAAAUAUUGAUGUUUUUCUAGUUGUAUGAAUGUGUAUGUGUGUAUACGCGUGUGUUUAUUUUAGAAUUUAGUUUAUAUAAAUAUAAUUGUAGCACUAAAUUUCAUAGAAAUAUUAAUUUUAUUUAUUAUAUAAUUAAUAUAUUAUAUUCAAACAAACACAUCCAUAUAUAUUGUAUAUAUAUAUAAAUACAUAUAAAAAUUGUUAUAUUUUUAAAUAAUUAGUAAAAAAAAAUUAUGCACAUAUUUUUGAACUAAGCGUGAGACGAAAGCAUAAUUUUUAAAUUCUCUAACUAAGCUGCCGCUAAAAAUCAUAAAAAAAAUAAUAUAAAAAAAUAUAAUAUAAAAAAAUAUAUAAAAAAGAAAACAUAUAAAAAGGAAAAUAUAUAAAAAAGAAAAUAAUAUAAAAAGAAAAUAAUAUAAAAAAAAAUAAUAAAAAAAAAUAUAAAAAAAAUAAU